CCACAGGCAGCUACUGGGUCCAGCUGGGAGGUGCCAGGACCGGUGCUGGGUCCCCCCCAAGCAGUGUCCCCCUAUGGCCCUAGCCACCAGCAACUGCAGCAGCCCAAUGGAGGCUACGGCAUCUGGGUUGUGGUCCUGACCACGCUGCUGCUCACGGCGGUCAUCGCCCUCUUCAUCUGGACGCAGCAGGGUUCCUUGCUGAGUGCUGAGGAGACAGCUGGCUCUGCAGGCCGUGCUGCCAGCUGGGGGGGCCCCCAGUCCUGCCCGGCUGCUCCUGGGGCCCAGCUCACCACACCUGCCCCCCCCAGCCUGUGGGGGCUGCCGCUGCAGCACCUGCUGGAUGAUGCCGACGUGCUGGAGGAACUGAUCAUGCUGCUGGACCCUGAGGACAAGGCCGGGGGGGGCACCCGGCACCUGGCCUCCCGCUACGGCCUCUCCGCCACCUGGAUCAACUACACCUACUCCCUGCGCAGCACCCGCAGCCCCCUGCGUGCCACCAAGGCCACGCUGGGGCAGCUGGCCGGGCUGCUGGGCGCCAUGGGGCGCAAGGAUGCUCUGCAGGUGCUGGAGAGAGUGAGGUGUCCCCCUGGGCCUGGCACAACCCCCAGGGGCCCUGGCUGGAGUUCAUCCUGGCGCCUGCGCUCCAGCCCCUGCCCGUGCUGGGCCAGGCUCCCCACUGCUCCCCCUCAAGCAUGGGGCAGGGUUAGAGGGCUCCGGGCAGCCAUGACAGCAGGACUGGCCCCUGCUGGAGAGGGGUGA